UUCAGUGGGAAACAUUUUAUAAUGGUAGAAGUUUUCCAAUAUAGAACACAUCCCCUAUCUUCCUCUGCUCCACAAAGUCUCUGACUUCAUGUCAACGAACAGUUCCUUCAGUUGACUCAUUAGGAACCUACUUCUUCUUGGAGUUCUAUGCUGCAUAGUGACGCCUGAGUCAGUUCAAGUUUGCUUGGUGGAGUUUAUAAGGUGGUAGCUACAGAAGCUUCCCCAUUGCCACACUGAGUGACUGCAGAAGGUGGUGUGCACACAGGUCUACAAAAAAACUUCAGAUCAUCUUCCUGACGGAAGAGGGCUGAGGUGUUACACAAGAUGUUUGUGAUUAAUGAACCCCAGAACCUGCAGAUUCUGUAUGAAUCCUUGGAAAAGAGCAUCCCUGAGUCCUAUAAGGUAUAUGGAGCUAUUUUUCACAUUAAAAAUAAAAACCCAUUCAACCUGGAGGUGCUGGUGGAUGCCUGGCCAGAUUAUCAGAUAGUCAUUACUCGACCUAAGAAAGAGGAGAUGAAAGAUGAUCUGGAUCACUAUACCAACACUUACCACAUCUUCACCAAAGCUUUUGACAACUUGGAGGAAGUCCUGGCAUCCCCCCAGGUUAUCAACUGGGAGCAAGCCUUCCAGAUCCAAGGUUGCCAAGAGAACUUGGGUGAGGCAAUAAAAAGGGUUUCAGCUUCAAAAUCAGUGCAGGUGGAUUACACGAAGACCACGCUCUUUACGUUUGAUAUAUCAGAGAAACUCAAGACAUCAAGUGAUGGCAAUGUGAAUUUGGAGCUAACUAAAAUGUUCAACAUGGAUGAAGCUAGCAAGAAAGGAGACUUUUCGAGCAUCUUCUUGGAUGCCUCACAUGCAGGGCUUGUGAAUGAGAAUUGGGACUUUGGAAAAAAUGAGAGGAGCUUGAAAUAUGUUGAACACUGCCUCCAGCAUUUUCCAGGAUUUGGCUUGCAGGGUCCAGAGGGGGUUCCUAUCUCUUGGGUUGUGAUGGAACAGUCCUGUGAGAUAAGAAUGGGUAAUACUGUCCCUAAAUACCGACGCCAACGCAACAUGGCGCAAAUAGGUUAUCAUGGGCUAGAGUAUCUUAUUCAGAAAAAAAUGCCGUUCUAUUUUCAUGUGGCAGAUAGUAGAGAAGAUUACAUACAGGCACUGAGAAGCUUUGGAUUUAAGUUUCUUCCUUGUGGCUGGCAUCAGUGGAAUUGCACCCCCAAGAAAUAUUGCUGAUUGGUGCCAUUGCCCAUUUCGAGCCUUUCUUAUCAGUGAAAACACAUCAGCACAAACACCAACAUGGUAAUCUAUAUUAGUGCAAGAAAAAUCAUCCAAUUAUCUGGGGUCCAUGGAUUACCUAAGCUCAUCCUUAUGUAAUAUUUUAAUUUUCCUCCUCAUUCAAUUUAUAGAAAAUUAGAAGCUUGGCCCAUGGAUGCCAUACUUUUCCUUGAUAGUGACAGACAUUUCUGAAUUAAAAUCACCCAAUGUCAAUCAUUAGUGCCAAGAGAAUCCUUUAAAAGCAAUAUUUUCUUUUUUGAAGAUGUCUUUUGUGAAAGAAUCCUGUUUUUUUCAUGCUUUUAUCUUUGAAAAUAAAAAGUCUGCUUGAAAAA